UUCACUCAACCGGAAGUCGAAAGCCACACACACUCAACCCCAAACUGUUAUUCGGACACCCCAAACCCCUUUCUUCAGUCACCUUGCUGAUUACUGAACACGUGUCCGACCUUAAAUGAAGGGUCAUAGGGGGGAUUUUUCCAGCGGGGGUGACAUUUUGGUGUCGCGUCGAGGUGUCUGAAACAAAUCCGGAAAGAACGAAAGGAGGCGGAGCGGCGCCCCUACGGCCCGGCAACCCCGGCGGCCGAGAGCAGACAGCGUCCUCGUACCAUAACAAACAUGGCGGCCGUCCGAUGAAAGUUGCCCGCUCCUAUGACCCCAUUUAUGACCUCGUGCAACCCCUGUGCCUGCUGCUACGGACCUAGAGCUAAGGGGAAUUAGGGUAGAAGCGUGGAGGAGGGGGAAAGAGAGAUAAGUUCCUCUCCUCGUGCCGAAAGGAGGCAAAUGGUGUGAUGUGAACUUGUAUUUCUCUUCCGAUAUCGCGAUGGACUGUGGAAGGAAGGGAGUGACUGACCCAAGGGCGUGACCUGUUCUAGGGAUAUUAUUUUUAAAGUGAAGUGGAGAGGGAGGUAAAGGAAGAGAGAGGAAAAGGAGAGCAAAAGUGUGCCUCCGGGUGACUUCUUCGGAUUUUACUUCCACUUUGGUGUCAGGAUGAAAGACCAAACCCAGGUGUGAUGGUGGGUGUAAGAACAAGGGGGCCAGCAUGGGCCCUGGGGGGAGCCUAUUCCCCUCACCAUUCCUCGCUUCUGGACGUCCUAGGAAGCGAGCCAGGCGGCCCCCCCCUCGAUGGCCCUGCUUUAUCUGUGGCACUGGAUGUAGUACAGGCCUGGGCUGUGCUUAUCACUGUUGGCUUCACACUUGUGCUCUUUGUGUUCCUGGCAUUCUGUGUGUGCGCCAGAAAAGAUGAUGGCUACGACGAAUACGAGCUGAGCCAGGGGCUGACAACAGUGAAGGUGUGUCAUGAUGGGGGAGAGAAUGGGCUCAGCAGCUAUCCGCGCAUCAAUGGCUCCAACACACCCAAAGGCAGUGAUGAGGCUUCAGAGGCAUCCAGCAGAUGUACUCUGAAGCGGGAAUUGCCAGCUAUCCCAUUAAGCGCUCACCCAGACCCAUCUGCUGAGUGCAAUGUGGAACGCACACAGUCACAACAUUCCUCUGAUCUCUAUGCUGCAGUUGGAGAUGUCAAUGAUGCGAGCGGAAUAGCCAAGGUUAUUGGCGGUGUGCAGGUGCUACCCUCUGGUGCCAUUGGGCCUGGGGGUCGAGCAGCCAUCCUGCGUGACCCCAAUGUAACCUCCCCCACUGACUCUAGUGGUCCCACUACCAGUGAUGGGCCUGGAGUUGCGACCAGUGUGGCCGCUGCUCACCCCUAUGCCAAAGUGAAGAAGGAACAUCCCUACGCUCAUGUCAAGCUACCAAAGAAAGAUCAUCCUUAUGCAAAGGUGGUUCGUGAUGAUUCUGAGGACCCUGAAACAGAUACAGAUAAUUAUGAUGACCCCAAAGCCAUUGCCAAAGACAAAAAUAGUGGAUGGGACUCUGAGGCUACCUAUGAGGCAGCUCCCCCAGUGCCUGAGAAACGCUUUGACCUAGAGGAGGAGACAGCUGUGGGAUCAGGUCCUCCUGCAGAUAGCAUUGUUGGGGGAGGGGGCCUCAUGACCACCUCUGUGACCUCAGCCUCCUCUGCCCUUGGGCCAUCAUCUCCCCGGUCACCCCUCCUCAGCGCCCGGGUCUCCAUGACGAGCUCAGCGCAUUCCCCUACGUCCCCCCAUAGCACAGGACCGAGUGCAGAUAGGCCACCCUCUGCAGACAUCCCUGCCGCCAUGGCUAUCUCAGGACGCACCCCUGCCAAUGAGGAGCUGCCUUAUAUGACACCCCCACUACAUCAUGCUGGCAUUGAGCUCCCAGUACAGCAAAACUUCAGUGGAGACUCCCAGGACUCACGAGGCUAUACAAGCAUCAGUGUGCGGGAACCCCUCGCUGCUCUCAAAGCACAGUCUCAGGGGACAGCAGCUACCACAGCAUCUCCAGCUACUCAACCCCAUGAAGGAGAAGGGUACUACAUGACUGUGUCUGACGAUUCAGCUGACGAGAUGUAUGCUUGCAUUUAUGAAGGCUCGAGAGGCGUGGGAAGUGAAACCUAUGCGCAGAUUGAACCGCGGUCAACCCCACCCCCACCUCCUCCUCCUAUGCCUAGUCCUCCGCAUGCGCCUUCAACCCCUUCACCUCUCUCGACUAGAGGUGGAUCCCAACCUCCACCGGCUCCUCCUAGCGUGGAUAGUCUACGGCAUGUUGUUCACUCCCGACAAGCCUCAUCGAGCAGUGCUGCCAGCACUGUAAUGGGCAGUCCAGGAGCAGAGAAGAGAGGAACGCGGUCUCCCUUGCCACCUCUUCCACAGGGGGACACUAGCCUCUACUCUGGCCCAUCCCCCCAGCCCCCUCACUCACCUCCACGUGCAGCAGCCCCCCCAGCCGAGAGGCCCACGCAGAGGGCGCUAGAGGAGAUGUAUGCGAAGUAUGAUGAACGACCAAGGAAACAUACUGGUGUAUUUAGAUUACUCAUCGAUAGUGAUCUGCUAACAUCACCCUCGUCACAGAAGUCCACUACCUCAAGACCAUCUGCUAGAAGAUCUUCAGCUCUUGAAACAUCUGAAUCAAGAGCCACCCUAGAGUUGAUGAAAGAAAGUCCAGUUGUCCCUGUGUUAACCUCAGUAGCCCAGUCAUUCCCUACUCCAAUCAAGAGUCCAGAGGCAAGCCUGUCUGAUGAUGAUGUAGUAUUAGGAAUGGCACCAGACAAGAAAUCUGUUGCAUUUGAUGACAGUCCUGAUAAGACUUUUUCUCCAUCAUCUGACAGCUCAGAUGAGGAAAGUCUAUCAGAAAAGUUUCCACAGCAAAAGCCUCCUCCCAGGUUAGAAAGUCCAGUUAAAGAGCAGUCCAGCCUAGAAAAAGAAGGUCCAGUUCAGCAUCCCUCCUCACAGAGUCCAACCAAAGUAACUGAUCCGUCAGCACAAGAAAGCCAUGUAGAAGCAGUGUCUUUGCUAAGUGAAGAUGUUAAUGAAAAUGCAUCAGUAACAAGUGGUGAUUCAGAGAAAUUCCCUGCACCACCUCAAGUAUCUAGUCCGGACAGAACAUCAACAGCUGCUUUUGAUAGUUUAGGGACCCAGGAUGGAGUCCCUGUAUCAGAAACACACAAUCAGCCCCAGGAGACCAUUAAUCCCCUCUAUAUGGUUGGAGACAGCAGCAACCAGCAGCAAAGUAUGAUGCAAGAGACCAGUGCAAUGAGUCAGGUGGUUUCUGUAGGAUUAUGUGGUGAUCUUCCACCACCGCCUCCAGUAGAGGAAGAUGAGGCUGCCUUCCCGAAUGACCUGCCACCACCCUUACCAGAAGUGACAUCAUUCAUGCCUUCUAAUGAUGCUUUGGCUGAAGAAGCGCCACCUCCACCUCUUGUGUCCCCUUCAGAUGUAGAAGGACUGGAGGAUAUGCUUCCUCUAGCACACAUGGGGUCAUCCUCCUCAGGUAGCACUGCAGGACAGCCAGGCAGCAUUCAUGGCAGCUCAGAGAAGGACUCUGACUCCCCCCAGGAAUCUGAAGACACUCAGAUGGAAGGCACCAUAGUAGCAGAUGACCUCCCUCCACCCCCAAUGGCAACUACAACAGGGAGUGAACAGGAUUCUGAUGAAGAGCUUGACAAUUCAGUAUCCUCAGGCUAUGAACAUGGCUUUACUGCUGGGGGAAUAACUGUCACAGUGAAUCCUAUGGCAGACAUGGAGGAUACGCAAGAAGCCACUGACAGUUUGCCUCCUCCCCCUCCCAGUGAACCCUCUCCAGUUGCCCCACCAUCACCUAUUGCUGUCUCAGCAGUAGUGACCAGUAGUGCAGGAAGUCAGAGUAGCAGUAACGGAUCAGGGAGCCAGGACACAGGUAGUGGCAGUGUAGAGAGUGUAGUUACGGUAGAGUGUGCUGUGGCUGGAGACCCCAGGGUUCAAGACAGGCAACGAUCCACUGACUCUUCCUCCAAGCCCUGAGAGUCGUCAUGUAGAUCCCAAUGAGCAGAUAACAGAAGUAUGAGGCAACACUGAUGUGCAUACAGCAACAGAUGUGGCAUAGCUUUAGGAAUGUAGUUCCCUGUUGCUCAGGUUAUCUUUAAGAUAUACCACAUUGCCUACUAGAUUUGGCAGCAGCUCAUAAUUUUUGCACCAAACUGUAACUGGUAUCUAAUUCAACCUAAGUUGCAGCUAAGCAAUUGUUAGUCAUUUUUUCACAGAGUUAUGUGGACCAUCUUGAUUACACAACGCUACUAUGAUAAGUAACUUUAUUGGUAGCUGUUGGCUGUGAAAUAUAAAUAUCAUAUUUCCAAUAUAGCUAGGAACAAUUUCCCUUGGUAGCUUAAAUGAAUUACUGAUGUCGGUUUCAUGCAAGUGUUAUAACAAAGGACUGGCUUCACAGAGCCUUGUGAAUAUUUCCAGACAUAAAAUAACAAUUUUAAUCUACUUACUAAGAGAUAGGUAAAAAAUAUUUCAAUUACUGCCAUUUUUACACCUUGUUAUGUGAUUCUUUUUCCCAACGAGGCAAAUAUAUGUUUAAGUGAAUGAAGGCAUGGAUUUGGUAUUUCAAUUUUUACCCGGUUGUAUAAGGGUGUGUUUGUAAACUAGAUAAACUGAAGUGCUACAGGAGUAAUUUUUGUAGGUGUGGCUCAUGGUAGUUAGUAUGGAUUUAUGUGGUGUGUUCAUGUUAGCCAACAAGGGGCUGCGGCAUCAUGUGCGGUAAUAAACUUUUGAUAUUAAUCAUGUCGCUCUUGGACAAAAGAAUUGCCAUGAUAAAUUCUGUAUGCAGUUUGUUGCCAAAGUUCCUGUUUUUGUGACAACAGGCAGGUUGAAGCUUUAUAAACUUAACAGUGUUCAGUAUAUGUAAUGGUAAGUUCUAUUUAUGGUAUUGUAGGGUUGUAGUCAGCAAACAUGUUUUAAUGCAUAUUUGGACAUCAUUCAACACAGCAUUUUCUCAUCCAGUAUUGAUACUCAGCAGAUAUUAAUCUUUCCAGUGGUUUAAAUGUCAUGUAUAAUUCUUUCAUUUUUUGUACGCUGUUGAAGUUCAUAGUAAUUGCUUUCUUGGAAAAUUUCCAUUGAACAAAAAUUACUGUAUUAUUCACAGGUUACAAAGCCACUACACAUACAGCAAGUUACUAUCUCGUGAUAAUAUCAAACGUUUUUUCGAUGUUUUCUCCUUUGAAUAUGUAUUGCUCUACUCUUUGAAUCUGUUAUAAAAAUAGCUAAGAAGAUGUUAGUCAGUUGUGAUUUCAGUAGACUUCGAGCUAUGCUUCAAGAUUCAUACUCUCAAUCUACAGAACUCUUGUUAGCAGUUUGUCACCAGUGCUAUGAUUUAGCAAGUCUUGUCGUAUUCUCUUCUGUUCUUUAGGCAGCCUUUGUAUUGUUGGCUUGAAUGUUAACAGCAUAGCCAGGUUAGGGAAGCUAAGCAUGUCAUGUCUAUUAGCUACCUAACUUUGCUAUGAUUCUGAAUGUUUAUGAUAAAGGUGAAUGUGUAUAUGGUGUUCAGAAAUUUGAUUGUCAACUCUAUCAACCAGUGAAACCCAGUUGAAGGUUGUUGUUUGUUUUAUUGGUUGUUAAGGCAUUUGCAAAUCAUAAAAUAUGUGAUUAUGAGGAUGGACUAGGUGUAUUUUUAUUAAUUUGUUUUCACCUACCUUGAAUUGUGGUGUUUUGUCUUUCUUGUAUGAUUUAUAUGAAUGCGUUUGACCUAUUUUUAAUACAAAAGUCUAUUUUGUUACUCGUUACUCAAAUUAUUGUGUUGGUUUGAAAUCAGAUGAUUUUAUUUAUCAAGCAACAGAUGCAAGGCAGAAAGACCCACAAAACAUUGUUGCUUAACUGAGGUUUCACUGAUAAAAUGUAGUAUGUGUGCCAAAAAAUCUAAAUGUUGUCAAAUGUUUCAAGAACAUUACUCUUAGAGGCAGCUAUUUGAGGGUAUUGUUCUUCAUACUUUAAUUGAAAUGAAUUGAAUGUUCCUGGGUGUAUAUAGAUAACAGUGGCCAAAAUUGCAAAGUUCAGAAAUCAGCCGUGAAUGAGGUGAUUGAGAGAAUGUUUGCAGUACCCAGCAGUUGUUAAUAAUGAGCAUUUUAAAUUAAAUGUCCCUUCUCUCCCUCUUCCUUCUAUCUUGUUUUUUUUUCUUCCAUAUUUCUUGUUUUCUUUAGUGUGUAUAACGUACACAUACUUAUUAAUAGUACCUGAAUGUAUGAUUUUCUGACCCCAUGGAGAACUGGGACAUGAAAUAAGUUUGAAGAUUUUUUUCUACUUUAAAAAAAUCUUCCUUGUGGUCAGUGGUUCUAUUGAUGGUGGUUUUCUCUGUGUCUCUGAUGUCAGCUUUAUAUAUGCUACUAUGAGCAAGCUUGAAUAGUAAACAAGGUGAAGCUGAUUUUUAUAUAUAUUUUAGUGUCACUCAAUUCUGUUGUUGCCUUUUUGUGAAUGAACCAAAGCUUCACAUUAAUAGGUUUGUGAUAGUUUGUUGUACUUACUGUUAUUUAUUUAGCAAAUCUUCAUUCUCCAAUAGUUUAAUUGCUGGUGCUAAACACUGAUUCUAGUGCAUGUAAAUAGCUCAACAUCUGUAAAAAAAAUGAUUUUUCUGUUUUUCAUGUCCUGUGCAUUGGAGAUAUUUUAUAUCGCUGUUCCUUGAUUUUUUCACUAUUAUUUAUGCUAUAGAGAUUACAUUACUUGUGUUAUUCGUGAGUGCCCAUACAUAUUCCUCCUCCUCUUUGCAUGAAUGUCUCAUUUAACUUUUUUUCAGAUUUUUAUGCUUGAUCUUCCUUUUCCAAAAAACUGUCGUUCUUACUUUUUAUGUACUGCUUGUGUUAUUAUUUUAGUGUGAGAGUUUUGUAGUCAUUACUGCGUUUCCAACUUGCCUCUGUAUCCAAUGAAGAGAAGUUGCAAUUGGAGUAAUUGAAUUGGUGUUGCCCAAUUAGCUAGCUUGGAACCAAAGAAUAACUUUCCAUAGAAUAUUCUGCAUCAUUAUUGCAAUAAAGUGAUUGAGUGAGUGAGUGAUUGAGUGAGUGAGAGUGAGUGGGUGAGUGAGAGAGUGAAUGAGUGGGUGAGUGAGUGAGUGGGUGAGUGGGUGGGUGGGUGAGUGGGUGAGUGAGUGGGUGGGUGGAAAAGUGACUAGUUAUCUGAGGAAUGUAAUGUAGCAAACAGCAGUGGUGACUUUAAUGCAGUGACUUGUAUACUUUUAUAUUUUCUCUCUUGAUAUAUUGAUUUAUAUACUUGUAUUCUCCUUUCAUUUUUACUUCUUUCUUCUUAUAAACACAGUGACUUAUAUACCCUUUUAAAUAAAAAAUUUAGUGACUUAUGUAUACUGUUUUAAUCUUUAUUUUUAUUUUAUUUUAUACAACAUAAGUGCAAUAUAUACAGUAUGUACAUACAUAUAUAUUUCUUAUGUUCAGUCUCUGCAGCUGAUACCUGAUUCAAAAUUGCAGUCUUCUGAAUUUCAAAUUCACUAGCAUGGAUCUGGUUACCUGGCGAAUGUGUGCUGACUGGCAGUGAAUGAGUGGAAAGAGCGCUGGAUGCUUGGUAAAUAAUGUUUGAUUCUUUGAGGCAGGUUUUCCUAAGCUUGAUCAUUAUUUAGCAUUUUUGUCCUUAUUAGGUGAAGAUUUUUUUUUUUAUUUGUUGUUUUUACGUUUCUUUAUUUGUUUUGGAUUUAUAAGCAAGAAUGACAGUGUUUUUUUUUUAAUGAAUUGGAUUCUGUCUUUAAACUUGUUUUUCAACCUGCAGUUUUUAGUAUUUUGAGCACUUUGCAUAUUAACUAGGAAGAAGUUAAUAGCAUUGUAUUUUAGAAAUAUUACACUGUUAACUUUGAAGAAAGUUGAGAAGCAGCCACUUUUUAAAGAUUUUUUUUAUUUUACUUAUGAAUUUAUUUUUGUUGUCAAAAACACUUAACUGCUCUUAAAGUAUGUAUAUUGCUGAACAAUCUAUGUGUAAGGAAAGGAAGACCUUGCACUUCUUGUUUUUUUAUUUUAGUUUGACUUGCAGUAAAGCUUCCUGCUUUUGACUCAUAGAAUUGAAAUUAAGUGGCUAGCUUGCCUUUCUUUAGUCAUACUGAAACGUAACUUGCAAUAGUUAAUGACUAGGCAAUAGGUAUUAGAAUAUCGUUCAAAUCAACUUGUCUGAAAGAUAAUUUGUUGUGUGUUUUGUGAAAAAAGUAAAAGUUUUUGGUGCAUUUAGGUAAAGAAUACUCUUAAUAUUGAAUCAAGAAUCUCUGGUAAAUGUUAACUGUAGUGAUGAAAGCAAAAACCAAAAGAAAAAAAAAAAAAAAAAAAUUAAGUAACAAGUUUUUAUUGCAUUUACUUAUGGUAAGCAUCCUUUAUUACCAGUAUCUCAAAAAAGCAAGGUUGCAUAUCAGCCUUUUUAAAAAUAACACAAGUUCAAUUACCCAGUGUUCAAGCGUGGUAGGAAGUGAGAGGUCUUAGGUGAACGCUCCUAAGGUAGGAAAAGAUCAGGGAUAUCUUACAUGUUUUGUGGUGCGUGUGUGUGUGUGUUUCUUUUAAUAGCUGCUGAGUCGGCAUUUUUUUUUUUUUAUUAUUAUUAUUGAAGAUGGUACAGUUUCCUAGUGACAGUACUUACUGUUUUCCUUUCUUUCUUUUCUAUUAUUAAUAAUUUUUAUUAUUAUUAUUUUUUUUUGUAUCAGAUUUCCAUUAAUUAGUGUAAAUAGGUGAUUCAUUGCAUUUAUGCAUUUGACUUUAGAGAAUCUUACAGAGCGGUUAAUUUUUUUUCUAUCUGUUAUGUAUGUACUUUUGAGCUGUUUUCAUCUUCUCAGUACAGUGUUUGUAAACGACAAAACCAUUUAUUUAUUCUUGUUAAGUAAUAGCAUACUAUUUAUUGGUUGAUUUUAUAUCUCAAGAAUAAUGAAAUCUCUAGAUGGGAUAUGACUAUAAUGGUGCAAGCAAAGUUCACAGUUGCUAGUGCUUGAAGUUCAAGAUAGAAAAUAAAAGUCUCUUUCCAGGUACACAUUAAACAAAUGUUACUGUUUUGUCUAUUCAAAGUCUCAUGCUUAGCCACAAAUGAAUCAAUAAUAACUUGAGUAGAAAUACAGGAAUCUGUAAUUUAUGCUUCACCAUAUUUUUAUUAUUGUUAUUGAUAUUAUUAUUAGUCUUGUUAGUGUCAUUAUUUUUUUACAGGCUACUGAUUAUAUUGAUUUACUGUAACUUAAACAGAUCUCUCUAAUCACUACUGUUGCUUCCUUUAAGGUUAUUGAUCACCUUCUUGUAAAUUGGGUUCUUCUUUACUUCAACAUUGUUUAAGUUACUGAGAAAAAAACUUUUUAUCAUAUUUUAAUUGAUUUUAAUCUCUAUCUCUGAUCCUUUCUAAAUGUAUUUGAAUACAUUUUUCAUACUCUCUGAAAUGUUCUUUUUCUCCUAUAUUUAAUUUUCUAAAUAUUGCAAAUUUUCUUUUUGCAAUCUUGAAAGGAAUCUCAGAAUUGAUGGGUCUUUCGUUAUUUCAACUGAUCAAUAGGUUAGUGUCACGCGACGACUAACUCCACUUUUUUCCUUCGCAUCAAUGGUAGCUGAUGGUAUAUGCAUGCAUCAUGGAGAUAUCCUCAUCAUGAGAUGCAAUAUGCUUUUCACCAUCCUUCACAGCUCAGCUUUAUGUGUCCGUUCAGCCACAUGUGCGUGUGCGUGAGUGUCUCUCUCAAGAAUUAGUGACACUUAUUUCUCUCCCAGUGCACCUUCUUUGACAAUUGUGUAGCACAAGAGAGUGGAGGUUUUGUCAUUAUGUGAGAGAGUGACGCACCUCUUGUGGUCAGUAAGCUACUACUUACACAGUAAAAAAGGAUUAUAGUAA